AUGCAGACCUGCCAGGACUCGCUCCGCUCUGUGAAAAAUGCUCCCACUUGGCCAGGACCUGGGCGCUAUGGGCUUCCUCCCACUACUGGAUUUGUUGGCCACGACUUCACAAAGGCAACCAGCCCUGCCUACUCCUUCCACGGGAGGAUGAGUGAUAAUAUGUACUGUGUUGAUUCCAGUCCCGGGCCUCGAUAUCAUGUCGAUGCAAAGAUUACUCGCUAUGGAAAGGACGGCACGCCUGCAUAUUCAAUGCUGGGCAGAAUGAAAGCACAGAGUGAGUUUUUUUUUUCUUUGUUACAACUGUUCCACACACCUGGACCUGGAGCUUACAGUCCUGAGAAAGCUCCCCCGUGCAACCUGCAGCGUAGACCCCCGUCCUACACAAUGGGAGCUCGAACACACUACCGCAGCACCGAUGCAGUUCCUGCUCCCAACAAGUACUCUCUGCCUCCCCUAAUGGGCUCUCAAAUCCCAAACAAACCAGCCAGCGCAAGCUACACCAUGUCAGGUAGUUUCAGCACAGGGGGACCGUCUGUGGAUUUAGCCAAGACCCCCGGGCCCUGUGGCUACAACAGUACGGACCCGAGUGUUUAUCUGACCAAACAGCCGGCGUUUUCAAUGUUGGGGCGUCACAACUUACCCAGAGACAGCACCAAGAAGCCAGGUCCAGGAACUUACAAUCCAGAGAGAGUCACAGUCCACAAGGCCCGAGCACCAGCCUACUCCCUGGGAAUCAGACACUCUGAAUUUGUCACCCCACUAGUUGUCAUUGUUUCCGACUGAGAAAAUGACAAAAUAAUAUUAUUCGUAA